AUGGACUCGCCUGUCUUCCAUGUCGGACAUGUUCCAAACCAACACAUUCCAGUCGGUGCCGUUCGCCCUAGAAACGAGGCAGAUCUGCUUUGGGCGAUCAAGGGCGCUGGUACCAACUUUGGCAUCGUGAUCAACGUGACGUUCCGAGUUUACACUGCCCCCAUCUACCUUACGCGGAACUGGGUUGUCCCGCUAGACGACACCGCCAAUGCACGAUCUAGGCUCCGCGAGUUUGAUGAGAGUGUCGCGAAGAAGCUUGAGCGCAAUUGUUCUGCUGACGCAUAUCUCUACUACGACAGAGACAAGCUGCAACUGGGCGUGGCCACGAUUGAGACCUUUACGUCAGUCGACGAUGUGGAAGCGCCUGCAGUCAUCGUAAACGGCGCAAGUGGUUCGGAGAGUGAGUACAAGAUAGUGGAUGGAUCGGGCCUGUUCGAGACAGAAAUGUACGUGUCUCAAAUGCAUGGUGGACAUGCCGGCGGCAAGACUUCAGCAUACAAGCGGUGCAUUUUUCUCAAAAACAUUGGGAAGGAACAUAUCGCUAGCCGGCUUGUGAAGUCCAUGGAUAGUCGCCCAACACCAUUCUGCUACUUUCAUUUGUUACACGGCGGUGGAGCGGUUAGCGACAUCGCAGCCGAUGCCACUGCAUUUGGAUGUCGAGAUUGGGAUUUCGCCUGCGUGAUCACUGGUGUGUGGCCCCGUGAUCAAGAUGACACGGAGUUGUCAGGAUCUGUGAUUCAGUGGGUCUACGAUGUCGCUGGAGAUUUGCUACCUCUAGGCUGCGGAGCGUAUGGCGCUGACCUUGGGCCUGAUCCAAGAGACGCAACACUGGCAGCUAAAGCCUUCGGACCAAACCUGCGGCGGUUGAUUCAGCUCAAAAGCGAUGCCGAUCCGAAGAAUGUGCUGGCAUAUACUUGUCCAUUUCCACGAGUGUCGGUACCAAAGCUCAUCAUUCUUGUCACGGGUGAAAGCUGCGCUGGGAAAGACUAUUGUGCGAACGUUUGGGCUUCUACGAUCAGCAAAGCCAUUACCCAUCUUUCGGCACGCACAGUCAGUAUCAGCGAUGCAACAAAGCGAGAGUACGCAGCUGUCCACAAUGCUGACAUCAAACUCUUACUUGAAGAUCGCGAUUACAAAGAGCUACAUCGGCCGAGAUUGACAGCUUUCUAUCGAAAGCAGGUACAACAGCGACCAAGCCUUCCAGAGGAGCAUUUUUGGGAUGUGGUGCAUGAUUCUGUUGGUAUCGACGUACUGCUAAUUACCGGCAUGAGAGAUGAAGCACCUGUUCCGAUAUUCUCGCCUCUUGUGGCCGAUAGCAGGCUGAUUGAGGUUCGCAUACAGUCAACCCUAGAGACGCAGCGUGCGCGUGGAGGAGUCGAAAAACCCGAGAGCUAUGAUCUCCGCGCGGAAGAGACAGUCAGAAAUUACCGCCCCAGUCUCACCUUCCACAAUGACGCAGCUGGCAGUCAGGCAGCAGAUAAGUUCGCUAAAGACCACUUGCUCUUUUUUCUUCAUCCUGAGUUGGAGGUACUAGCCUCUAUGAUAUGUUCAGUGCCUGGUUUUCCUCGUCCAAAAAUCAGCUUCCGCCAUGUCCUCGGCAUCUCCCAGCACCUUGGAGGUCUGGAAUUGUGUACGAAUCAGCUCCAACAGCACUUCAGCGGUGAUUGGGAAAAAGUAGGCGCCAUUGCGUGCUGUGAAGCCGGCGGCUACGUCUUUGCGUCGCCAUUGGCAUUGCGUACUAAAGUACCCCUACGGCUGAUUCGAAAAGCGGGAAAACUUCCUCCACCCUGUAUUUCUGUUACAAAGGCUGCAUCACAUAUCUCGAAGAUCCAAGAAGAAGAAAAGAUUGAGAUGGAGCGAGAUGCGUUUGCAGAUGGCAGGAAUGUAGUGGUUGUGGAUGAUGUGCUUGCUACAGGGGAGACUCUUUGUGCAGUGUUGGGACUGUUAGAGAAGGCUGGUGUGAGUAAAAAGGAGAUUAGUGUUAUGGUUGUUGCCGAGUUUCCAUUUCAUCGUGGCCGGGACUUGUUGCGGCGAAGAGGGUUUGGUAAUGUUUGUGUUCAAAGCCUUUUGGUUUUUGGUGGUGCUUGA